AUGCGGCGGGCGAACUCUUGUUCAGUUCUGACAGAGAAAGACGAACCGAGCCACUGGAAAGCGCCGGCUCUGUCCCCGCUUCAGCAUAUGCCCCUCGGAGUGGCGUUCUGCGAGCGCCAGACGGGCGUUCUUCGGAGUCAGGAUAGUGCAACGGUUCGGGCGUUAUUAGCCGACACUGUCCUUGGAACAAAGGUGACGAGCCAGCCAAAGUUUAUGAUGCCUGGCAUGGCAUCGGCGGAUCCCAGCGCUGGGUCCAAAAAGCUCGCGCAGCUGGGUGAUGAGGGUUUUGCGCGCUCCAGAAGCGCUUCGAGUGAGGAGCUUUCAAGAAGUGAUAGCGGCGAGGAGAAUGAGUUGGCGGUUCCAAACAUGGAUGAUAACUGUUCCACCAGUGCCGUGGUACGGCGCGCUCGCGAGUUCGCACAGAAAAAGCAUCUGACACUCGAUGAAAUCUACCGUAUCAUCGAGCUUUUGUUCCGACACGCAGGUCUUGGCGAUUCGAGUUCACCGGAUGAGGUCGUGGAAGCACUCGGAGAGGAUGGUCUCGAGCUUUUGCUUCGCUUUUAUACCAGUGCGACGGAAUACUACCUUAAGCAGCGUAUUGAAUCGGGACUGGGACGCUCGGAGCGCCUGAAAAGGGCGAUGAGAGAAUGGGAGGUUCAUCUGCAUGAAGAGGACAGCACAGAGAACGUUUCUGAUAAGGAAAUCGGGCAGACAGUAGGGAAACAUGGAAUCGAUAUCCCCCAGGAAAGAGCCUUUACCGAGCAGUCAGAAAAGAUUCCCUCUCUGGAAGGGCUUCAUCAGGAAGUCACAGAGCCGCAUGCGAAACGACAGCGCACUGAGUCUGAAGGCAUGUCGGCGUGCAGCUCGGGAGAGUCCUCCGAGGAACUUGAUCCUCCAAUGACCCUGAAGUACAAAGCCGACACCGAGAUCGCCGUCUCGCGCAUUUUCGCCUUGGGUUCGGUGGUGCCACCUCGAAAUCCGCUCAUCAAGCCAGACGAUCCGUAUGAUGGACCUCCUGUGGUGACCAUGACUGGAUUCGGAGAACUUGGUCGCUGGGGAAACCAAAUUCUGCAGUACGCCUUCCUGCGCAUUUACGCGAGCAAAUGCAACGCGGGUAUUCAAGUCCCGGACUGGGUGGGUAAGGCCAUUUUCGGUCUCAAGGAUCAACCAGUCGAGCGUGCAUUUCCCGCUGUGGUUGAAUAUGCUGAAGCAAAGGCCAACUCUACCUUUACCUCGCAAUUUCUGGACUACAUUCGAGCAUCGAACGCCGGCGCACCAGUCCCCGAGGUGAAAGAGUCAGACCUGGCGCCCAGCGUGGAGCCGCGUUUCGUGAAUCGCGACUUUUGGGGCUGGUUCCAGUGGCACACGAGUGUCUAUCGUCCGUACCGUGAGCUGCUUCGCCAGACUUUCACAGUGGUUCCGGAACUUGCCGCACAUCUAGACAAUGUGAUUGCACGCACGUUACGUAAGACUGGCAGACGCGGCCCUGUGACGCUUGUAGGCCUACAUCUUCGCCUCGGAGACUACAAGAACAUUGCCGCUUCAUCCUUCGGAUACUGCGCCCCGACCGCGUGGUACCUCGAGUGGCUUGAGCAAAUAUGGCCGACGCUCUCAAAUCCGGUGCUUUUCGUAGCCUCCGACGAUAUCGAUGCAGUGCUUCGGGAUUUCCGCGAGUUCAACCCGGUCACCUGCGAUAUGCUCGGUAUCGAAAUGCCACCCGCCUGGCAGGGUCUAGGUGCUGGUUUUUUCCCCGACUGGUAUGUUUUGACCCAGUGCGACGUGUUGGCGAUCAGCAACUCCACCUUCAGCUUCACUGCUUGUAUGUUCAACCAACGAGACGGAAGCGCAGUCGGCGGGAGGCCUCGCUUCUAUCGCGCGCACUACAGCCAGCGCAUGAUCCCCUUCGACCCGUGGGACGCUGAACCCAUCCUCCAUCGCCCGGGCGGGACCUGGGACACCUUACAGCUUCUGUACCAGACACAAGGAACACGAGGGCUAGUUCGCAACGUCCUCUACGAACUACCGUACUACCGGCUGCGGGACGUGAUCAUAAGGACAGUACUGCGAGCGCGAGCUCUCCGGAAGCGAGUGACGGCAAGUGCCUGA